UUCAGAAAUAAAUGUAGUAAUAAUAUAUUACCUUGCAUUAGACAAACAUGAUAUCGCAAUGAGUAUCUUUUCGCGUGUGUCGCGUUGCUCCAGGAACUUCGCCGAGGAGUUGCUAGACUUCUAUGCAUAUGCCACGCUAAAACAGCAACACAUGGUAAUGAUAUGUGCAGGAGCGGUCUUGGGAGCCAUUGUAGGUACUAAAAUACGUAGAAAAAGGGUGGCUUCCGGUGAAUUCAGCGAUAACUUGGAGUUGGUCGCUUAUAACACUUCAUCGAUUCAAGACUUUGAAAGUAGCUGGAAUCGAUUAGCACGACAUGCUCAGAGAAGACCUGACUAUAGUUACACUCGUUUAUACAAGGCAGUCAAUUGGGACGAACCUUAUCCACACUAUCUCCAGCUACGUCUAUGGAAAUAUGAUGACUCACUGGACAAAUACGAGGAAACCGCGCCUUACGCCGUUUUAGCUAAAAAGGUUGAAGCGGCUGCCUCCGCAGUACAAGCUGCAAGGCCGGUAACCAUCAUAGACGACUCAAUUCGCCGUGGUAUAGAUUUUUGAAACCAUAAAACACCAGACGGGGCCUUAAUUUAAUAUCAAGAUGGACCA